UUCCCUCACCGCGGUAGGAACAUCGGCCCCAACAGCGAGAGGAGCAUACCCAUGAACCCAAGCUUCGUAGUUCGCUUCCAUGGCGGAGAAAACCUUCUCGAUCUCAGAUUCCUCGAACCCACCAUGGUAAUCGUCGUCGUUGAGGAAUCUAGGGGAGGCUCCGACGAGGAUGAGCUUGGAGAAGAGAUCUGGGCGACGGAUAGAGGCGAGGAUUCCGAUCAUGGCGGAGACGGAGUGGCCGACGUAGGCGCAGCAGCGGAUUUGGAGGGAAUCGAGGAUAUUGAGGAGGUCGUCGACAUAGGCGUCGAGGGUAGUGUAGCGAUCGAAGUCAAAGUAGUCUGGGUUGACCGAGCCGGCGCAGACGAGGUCGUAGAGGACGACUCUAUAUGUUUGGGUGAAGAAAGGGAGGAUCAGAUGCCACGCCGAUUGGUCCGUACCGAAGCCGUGGGCGAGGACGAGGACUCGCUCGCCCGACCCGACCACCCGCACGUUCAGGGCUUCGAGUAUGUUCUGACCCAUCCUGUUUGAUGAGAGAGAGAGAGAGAGAGAUGGCACUGUUGAUUUUGUGGAUAUGGGUUUGGAUUUGGGGGGAGAGUGUGAGAGGAAGAGAGAGAGAGUGGGUACUGUAUAUAAAGGGAGAGUGAUGUGUGCUAUUGGGUUCAUAUGUGGAGGACAAAAGUUAUGACUUUUCCAUGCAUUUUUUUAUAUUA